AUGGGCAAAGACCUCGCCUUGAAAGAGCUUGAGUUUUUGGAACACUUUCUCCGUAUCAAUAGGAGUCAACAGCCUGUAUUCAACUCCUUCGUUUUACAAAAAGAACAGCUGCGGCAGUGCAACAUCCAACUGUGGAGCUUUCGAACUCUGGAUAAGUUUACCGCAUUAUACCAACUUCAUGACGUCCUGCAGGAUACAAAGGUAUCCGACCUCACACUAUAUGCAUUACUCGAAAAACUCAAUCUUCUGUUUGCCAAGGGGCCUGACUUCGAGGAGUCAAUGGUCAUGGAUAGUAAGCUGUUGACAAUAGCGCUUAUAGAGGUGCUUAUAAGGAUAUGUCGUAUAAUAUCCUGUGACAGCACAGACUCGAAAGUGCGACAUUCACUGCGAAAAUCUAUACUCCUUUCGAUACAUGUCCAGUUCACCCGCGAAUACGCGCUCAAACUUUGGGAACAAAUCGAAGACCAAGACUAA